CAAAAAUAAAAAAGAAUGAAUAUGCUCAAACGGGAAACUGAAGCUGAGAGAGCACAGAUAGGAGGGGCGUAACAUCAACCAGCAAUUCUGAAGUAGUAACAGAUUAGUUUUCUGGGAUGCAGCAGGACGAAUGGCCCUCGCACUAAAAGGUUGCUGUCAGAUCUUCUUCAGAAGGGGUUAACAAGCAAAUGGUGACUGGCAACAAAGGGGCAGGGGUUAAACGGGGCAGGGGUUAAACGAGGUCGUAGUGGUGGGGCCAGGAUGGAGAGGCCGACUGGCUGAGACUCAAGGCGGGGCAGAUAGGUAGGCGCGGCACACUUCCUUCCCUAACAAUGUGACUAAGGUAGGUCAACGUCACAUCCGGUUUAGUGGGCGGGAGCGGGGAAAACAAAAGGAGACGAAGGACGCAUGCGUUUGGUGAGUCCCGGAUUCUGGUGGGUUCUUCCGCUCAGGCUGGGUGAAGCGCUUCCGGGUCGCCGCCGGCAGCAGCCUCCCGGCGCGAUGAAGACACUGAGGCUCAGAGAGGUUAAGUGACUCAGCCAAGAUCAAACAGCUAUCUAGGAGCCAUGUCCACUUUGUUCCCCUCACUCUUCCCUCGUGUGACUGAGACUCUGUGGUUUAAUCUGGAUCGACCCUGUGUGGAAGAGACAGAGCUGCAGCAGCAGGAACAGCAGCAUCAGGCCUGGCUCCAAAGCAUCGCAGAGAAAGACAACAACCUGGUUCCUAUUGGCAAGCCAGCCUCAGAGCACUAUGAUGACGAGGAAGAAGAGGAUGAUGAAGACGAUGAGGAUAGUGAAGAGGACUCAGAGGAUGAUGAGGAUAUGCAGGACAUGGACGAGAUGAAUGACUACAAUGAGUCACCGGAUGAUGGAGAGGUCAAUGAGGUGGACAUGGAAGGCAACGAACAGGAUCAGGACCAGUGGAUGAUCUAGGUAGACAAGGCAGGGUGGCCUCAGGGAGAUUCCAGGCCAGCCCAAACUACCCUGCAUCCCAACCCCCAACCCCUGCCCACAGAACCAGCUGAUGGCCCCAGUGCCUGAAAGUGCCCUUGGGCACCUCCUCAGCUGCUGCCAGGAUCUGGUCUCUUUGGCCCCUCCCAGGCCAUCAGUCUGCACUUGAAAUCCCCAGGGCCUGAGCCCCACUCCACCUUCCUGGCCAGUACCUCACCCCUUGAUUGCCAGGUCUGGUCUCUUUCUAAGUUUCUUUAAUAAAGACAAAGGAGUGAUUUUCCA